UUCUCCUUUUCUGCUUGUAUAUGAAGUACUGUACUCUAAGUACAGCUAUUUAGUUAAUCACUUCUAAUCGUCGUUAUUUCGUCCAUUUUUUUGUAGAGAUAUAUGUACUCAUUCUGUUACAUCAUAUCACGGACACUUCUCGAUCUUAUUGUCAUCAAACCUAAACUUGAUGCUAUAAUAACAAAAAGAUCUGUUUAUUAAUAUCCCAUAAUUAGUUUUUUCGUUUUCUUAAGGAUAGUGUUCAAUUGAUGCAUUAGUAAUUCGCUUCAUUUUACCCUUUUGUUUCUAUUUUAAACCUAAUAGUAGUCAAUAUGAAGCAUUUUCUGGAACUCUAGUAUUGAAUUAAAAACGAAAAAUCAAUGACGUGUGAUGACCAUCAUUAUAAAAUCUAAAAUGUCACAUUUUGUCAAUUUGAUUGAUUGGAUGAAACUCCCCUUGAUUCGUUUUUCCCUUUCUCAUAGUAUCUUUUACUUUAUUCUGAAUUUUACAGUAUGAAGUUUGCCAUUAUCUUUCUUUUGUUUACACUUUGUUUUGCUACGCCUGGCCUGAUUACCUGGAAAGUUUGCGACGACGCAUAUUACCAUGGACAUGUUUCUAAACUUACGAUUGUCAAUAACCCUGUUGUUCCUGGUCAAAACACUACUGUAUCUGGUUUUGGAUUCGUGGACAAGGAUAUUAUUACUGGAACAUGGUCGAUGAGUGCAUACUAUAAUGGUGUGUACAUGAUGUAUCGCACUGGUGAUCUGUGCACCAAUACUACUCUUGAUCUACCUUUAAACUCUGGCCGUAUAUAUCUCAAAGGCUUGAAUUGCCCCACUCCAUGGGGUGUGGUCGAAGUUGAGCAGAAGGCGAUCUUCUACGAGCCUCCUCCACCUGGCAUUUAUUCCAUUCGAUGCAAGAUGCAUGACCAGGAUGAUGAGCCCAUCUUGUGUCUUGAUAUCACGAUUCCGAUGUAG